UUUUUAAUUAGCAAGUUUUUUGUUUAAAGAAACUAAUUCAUUUACAGUAAUUUACCAUAUAAUCGUCAAUAAAUAAUUAGAUUAUAGAUUAUAUUGUGCAUGAAUGAUGCGAAAUUAUUAUUUACCGUGCAACACUGUAGAGUCUGAACUCGAUUAUGUGUGUGUGAUGUGAUGCAUUACAGGAAACUUUCCAAAACAUAGUGAUUUUGACAGUGAGCAGCGGCGGCCUCUAGUGGCUAUAAAUCGGUUCAUUCAAACAGUUCGUUUCAAAGAACCAGUUAAAUUCUAAUUUGAUUACGGCGUGACUUAUUUGAUGCUAGAAAGUCAAGUGCGUGUGUCACAUGCUCGGUAGCCUGAGAGCGAUUUCUUUCCACUCAGAUGUGAAGGGUCGUCUGAUAACGCUGAGUGACGGUGGUCGUCAGGUGACCAGGGACGUGUCGUCAUUCUGCCACGGACUGACGUUCAGCGGGCGACAGGUGAAGAUAGAGGAGAAGGUGCGCCUGCGAGUCAAGGACAGUGUGCGAGGUUGGCACGGAUCACUGCGGGUCGGAUUUACUCAUGUUUUGCCCGAGCAGACAACUUUACCCCCUCUGGCCAUCCCAGACUUGACCCAGUCUCCACUGUGCGCGGCAGUAGUAGUUCCCGUGGGCAUUUGUCGCCCUGGAUCAGAGAUUCAGUUCUGGCUGAAGAAGAAUGGCUGCCUGUCCAUACGAAGUUCUGAUGGCAGAACACACACGGAGCCGACCACUCUGAAUCCCAAAUGGCCCAUCUGGGCGAUGAUUGACGUCUAUGGACAGACCACGUCAGUGGUGAUGCUUGGUUCCAAAAAGAGAUGUUGCAUCUUCACCAGGAGGUCCUGUCCUGCUCUCACACACACUGAAGAUAAAGAAACGCUAGAAAGAAAGAAGAGCAUGCUGGAACAGAGAAACCUGAGAAACCAUUACCUUGACAACACAGAUCAUGAAUCUCCAGACUGUGAGGAAUGUGUCGUGUGUUACAGUAAUGUGGCAAACAGUCGUUUGAGCUGUGGCCAUAAAUGUGUUUGUACUCCGUGCGGCAUGAGGGUUUACAUGACGUUUGGGACCUGCCCUCUGUGUCGUCAGCCCUUGAGUUCCUUCCAUCCAUAUGACUAGUGUUCAUCCCAUUUAAACUAGUGGCCAUUUGGCCUGUUUGCUGAAUGUAUUUUGUCCAAUUCAUUUCAGGACUGCUGCUGUGAUGUACAAAUCUAUCACUGCACUGUGCAAAUGUUUUAAAAAAUGUUUCUCUCUAGUUGCACUAUUUCUUUUUUGUAAAUUACUUUACAUUUUUAUUACAUAUUUAUGAAAAUACCAGAUUUUGUUCUGAAUCUAUAAUGUAAAUAUGUAUGUAAUAUGAUGUAAAUAUAUAUAUGUAAUGUAAAUAUGUAUGUAAUAUGAUGUAAAUAUAUAUAUAUGUAAUGUAAAUAUGUAUGUAUGUAAUAUGAACA